AAUAUAUUUUCCCCUCUUCGUAGAUAGAUCUGAGUCGGCUUCGCCUUUCUGGCGUGCUCAAAGAGAAGCCACCCCGAAGAGAGUAGGCCGAGACCCUAAUCUAGUCGUUGGCGCUGCAUACUCUCAUGCGGACAUGCUCAAGCUGGAUAAUCUGACUCUAUCUGGCUCCUCAUCCCGGCCGAGAACUCCUCCAUCUUCCUCUUCGCAAAAAAAUCGAAGUAGCGACAUUAGCUCGCCACCACCGAAGUCCUCGUCUGGAUUAUCUUCUCCCCCAUUGAAAACUUAUUUCAGCUUCUUGUCGAAUACAAAUCGGGAUUGGGACGUUGGGGACCCCGAAAUGCCUGAAGGCGACGAUAUGCUUGGAUAUGAAGACGACGAUGGAGAUGAAUUUGGCCUUCCAAGUUUGUCUAACAUGAGACUGCGCUCUCGCCGAGCAGCGGCGGCAGCCCAAAGUAGUUCCUCUUCGCCCUUCCAGACGCCCCUCGAUGCUGCGCUCGGUUUGCCAAGUAGGCGUUAUUCGAAUAGUGCCGACAUAGCUAUUGAACGACCAGCAUCAACUUACCCAAUGCCGAAGAAAAGCGAAGGUAAAAUCCUUAGACCACAGUAUAAAGAUAUUCUCAAAGAUCCGGCCAAUGCUCUGCAUCUUAUCGACCACCCGGCUACCCCAGCCAAUGCAACCCCAAAAGAAAUCGAUGCCAUAAAUUCUCGCAUAACGAAAAUAAAUAAGUUCAAGAAGAUCCUCCAGGCUAGUACAAUACCGUUGAUUGAUCUCAGAGCCUUGGCGUGGGGUGGUGUUCCAGAAGAAGUUCGGGCUAUGACAUGGCAACUCCUGUUAAGUUAUUUGCCAACCAGCAGCGAAAGGCGUGUCGCGACCCUCGAACGGAAGCGGAAGGAAUAUCUUGACGGUGUACGUCAAGCUUUCGAGCGGGGUGGGACGAACCCGGCCUCCAGUGGUCGAUCAAGAGGUCUCGAUGAGGCGAUAUGGCAUCAGAUCAGUAUAGAUGUCCCAAGGACCAAUCCUCACAUUGAGCUGUAUAGCUAUGAAGCAACACAGCGGUCGUUGGAACGAAUUUUAUACCUCUGGGCUAUUCGACAUCCGGCGAGCGGCUACGUGCAAGGAAUUAACGACUUGGUAACUCCCUUCUGGGAGGUUUUUCUAGGUACAUAUAUCACGGAUUGCAACAUCGAAAGUGGCAUGGACCCAGGACAACUACCGAAGGCCGUGCUAGACGCAGUGGAAGCCGACUCUUUUUGGUGCCUGACAAAAUUACUCGACGGAAUUCAGGAUCAUUAUAUCGUUGCUCAGCCUGGCAUUCAACGACAAGUUGCUGCGCUCCGGGAUCUCACCGCUAGGAUCGACGAAGGACUUGCGAAGCACCUUGAAAAUGAACAUGUAGAGUUUAUUCAGUUUAGCUUCCGCUGGAUGAACUGCCUCCUCAUGAGGGAGAUCAGUGUCCGAAAUACCAUUCGGAUGUGGGAUACAUACCUAGCUGAGGAACAAGGCUUCUCGGAAUUUCACUUAUACGUCUGUGCGGCAUUUCUCGUGAAAUGGUCAGCUAAGCUAGUGAAGAUGGACUUCCAGGAGAUCAUGAUGUUCCUGCAGGCAUUGCCCACUCGCGAUUGGACCGAAAAGGAUAUAGAACUCUUGCUCAGUGAAGCCUACAUUUGGCAAAGCCUAUUCAAGAAUUCGUCUGCACACCUAAGAGGUGGUCCUAGCCGAGCUCCUACGACUAACUUACAGUUGUAACGUCGGAAGUUUGCCCAUGUACAGCAUUUCACACUAUCGAUCACUCGAAGAGUUUGGGUUCGGUACGCUCGGGCCAGCGCAUACGCAGAACUUAUUAGCCAGUAGCUACAGCCAUGCCCAUUCAACAGGGCCAGUCUACGAUUUAGGGUAUCCUAGAAAUUACUUGUGCCUUCGGUGUAUGGAGCAGCCGAACUUAUUCACCACAACGGUUUAUCACAGCGCGACAACGCAUUUACGAUCUGACAUAACAACGAAAUGUCCAUUAAACUCUGCUUUGGUCAACUUCUAUCCUCAUUUCGGCACCUUAUGGGAGAAGUUUAAGUCUGGGGCAUCCGGCCAUCAUGGUGGUUGAAAAAUACAG